GCCCGACCCGCCCCAAUAGGGCGGCGAGGCACAGCGCCGUCCCCCGCUGGAGCCCGCAGCGCCCGGCCCGGGCCAUGGACGCCGUGCUGAGGCAGGUGGAGCAGCUGCCGGCGCUGCUGGCUGUGUCCCGCUCCGCCCAGGUGCGGGACUGGGACUGCCUCACCCUGGACAGGGCUCUAGAGUGGGCCCGGUACUUCCAGCACCUCCACCACCGCUUCCGUGCCCGUCCGCAGCUCCGGGAGGCCCUGGGGCGGCGGCUGCGCCGCUCUCAGCCGCUCCCCCUGCUCGGCUUCCCCGCGCUGGGCCGCUGCCCGCAGCUCCUGGGGCUGGCGCUGCUGGAGAACCGCGCUCUGCCGCCCGCCGCCUGCCGCUGCCUGCUCCGCGGCCUCCUGCAGCCUCCCGGCGAGGGGAGCGGCUGCGAUCCCCGCGGCCUGGCGCUGCUGGCCCGCCGCAAGGCCGCCGCCCGCCUGCUGGCGUUGGUGCCCGGGCCGGAGGGGCAGCUGCAGGCCGAGGCACGGCUGCUGCCGGGCCGGCUGCGGGAGCAGGGGCAGGAGGCCGAGGCACGGCUGCGGGAGCAGGGGCAGGAGGCCGCGGGGCAGCUGCCCUGGCUGCGCGCCGCUCUGGAGCAGCUGCCCCAGCCCCGCGCCUGCGGCGUGGUGGCGGCGGCGCUGGCUCUGCUCCCGCAGGGAUGCGGCACCGAGCAGGCCGGGGACACGGAUCGGGCUGCGGGCAGCAGCCAAGGCGGGUACCAGGCCGGUGCUGCAGGAGAUGGAUGCGCCGCCGGGCUCCUGCUUUCCUGGCUGCUGGGCGACCAGGAACGAUUUUCUGCCUUCUGCCUUUGCCUCCCGUCUUCCCAGCUUGCCUUCCUAGCUGGUCACUAUUCCCAGUUAAGCAGAUCUUAUUUGGACCUCUUAACCAGCUGGGGAAGCCGCUUGGUCUAUGACCCCUUGCAGGGGCGGUGGGUUAAAAGUUGCCUCGACAAAGCUGAAUUGUCCUGGGAGGAAUUAAGGGAGCGCUUCAUCUGCCUCUGUCAGGGACCUGCGCUGCUCAGAGAACAGACCCAAGCUGCUCUGGAGCUCCUGAGGACACGAGAUGGAGACUUCAAAGUCCGUGGCCUAAGCGUGUGGACUGACUUACUGAUGGAAGUAGGCUACUAAUGCAUGAACACAAAAGCAACAUGAAAACUUACAAAAUCAAAUAUGGUUAACUCUAUUUGACGUGAAAGGCUAGACAUCCACUUCUCACUUUGUUGAAAACCAAAUGUUAUUGUAACUGAUCACAUUGAUCCUGACUGUGUCAGGUUCUGAAGUCUUCCAGGGUGGCCUGUUGUUUUUUUGUGAUUGUGCUGUCAUUUCUGGUUAACACAGAAAAUUCCUUCUUUUUCAAUACUUGCUGAUUAAUUAUCUAAUAAAAUGAGGAAAAUCCAUUCUGCUUCAAAUAUGGAGUAAUUUUCUGUUUAGAAAAUAUGACAGUUCUGAUAUGGUCAUGGUGAUCGUGUUUCUAAAUGUUGGAGACUGAGCAAAACUUCAAAGGGAGGGUGGAGUUUCAAAUGUGAAAAACACAAAUUCUUUAGUAGUAAUUGUCCUCAUUGGGCUGUCAGCUCUGGUGACCCCGUCAAUGUUGAUGCUUCUAUAGCUCUUGCACAUGACUUAACCCCAGUGUCAGUGAAGAAAGUGAGUUAAAGCUAACUGGAAAGCUUCUUGAAAAGUUCUAAAAUAAAGGUCUUUAUUAGUUGCUAUAUUAUUUGAUAAUCUCUAGGUAUUUCCUAAGAAAAGUGAGGUAAAAGGUAGAAUGUUCUGGGUUUCUUCCCAUUUCCAUAAUUUAUUACAUAAUUCAUUGCCUUGUGAAACAGAAAAGUGAGUGAAUAGUAAACUUUUUUAUUACAUGUAUAUAUAAGAUGUAUUAUAUAUAUAAAACUUUGUCUAUAUAUUUAUACAAAAUAUUAUAUAAUUAUAUGUAUAAAAUAUGUUGUAUAGAUAGUAUAUAUAAUAUUUCUCCCCUUUGUUGUUUUCUGUCUUACCUGCUUCUUUUAGGAAAACUUGAACAGGGUAGUUUCUACCUUUCCACUUUCAUUAAAAUGAGUACUGUAAUGCAGAAGUAAUGUGUGUAUUCAGCUCUGUAAACUAGUAUUACCAAAAGUGACCUCUGUAAAAAGAAUAGUCAAGGAAGAUGAGACAAAUGUAUGGAACUGCUGCCAAAAGAGUUACUCGUUAAUCUUUUGUGUGGAGAACCUGUCAGAGUUCCUGUAGACCAUAUUCUUAUGGUUUCAAGAUCAAUUGAGACAUCUCUUUCUUUUAUUGCAAAAGCUUUGUAAGAGGGAUUAAAAGAUUCUUCACUUAUGCUUAUAAGCUUAAAGAAAGCAAACAAGCUAUUAAAUGUACUAAUUAGAGUAGUAGUCUGUCUUAUGACAAGAAAUAGUGUAUAUAACUAUGGCAGAUAUUUCUGAAUGGUAAAACUAAAGUGAGAAGAAUCUUGUGGGUUUUAAAUGGAAGCAAUUGGUACAAGAAUUGAAUAUUGUUUAUCAUAGGAAAUAGAUUAUGCUUAUGUAAACUUGUAUGGAAGUAAUUGCAGACAUAAAUAAGUUCUUAUUCCUCACCUGUUCUAAAACAGAAGAGAUACUUAGGGGUAGCAGGUUUUAUGUAGUUAGAAGGACAUCCUACUAAUCUGUUGAAAGUACAACUUUUCUUUGCAUUCCUUGCUAUGUUACAGUGAGGCAAGUUAUGGAGAUCUGUGGAUGAACAUAUUCUAAAACUACAACUGUGGCAGUUGUCUUGCUGUGUCUUAAGUAGAGUUGUUGCCCUUUCUGGAACUUGCAGUCAGUCUAUAAAGACACCAAUGUCAGUGGACCUCCUGACUGAGUCAGUAUUUCUGUGGUAUCAAAAAAAAUAAAAAAGAAAUCUCUCCAAAAA